GAUCCAGAACUGCACCCUAUGCCUUUCUACAGAGCAAUAGAGCAGAUAAGGAAGACGCAUUCAGCUGCAUGGAGGGACUUGUCUGGGCUGGUACAAAUCAAAGCAGGGGACUCCUUCUGGCCCACCAUGCAGCGUGAAUUGAAUCUCCCACCGUAUGCAUCAGAAGAACACUUAAAGACAUAUGGGUCAGGGGAGGAGUUUAGUCAGAAGUUGGAGGAAUGGGCAAGGGGGAGAUUGGCUGAUCAAGCUACUCAGAUACAAGACAUGAAGCAGGACAAAACUGAAUCCGUAGAAAAAUUUGCUAACAGGAUGGAACAGAUGUUCCGGGAUCUAGGAUUCAAUCGUAAUGAUACAGUGCAAGUAAGGAUGUUAUCCAGUGCCUUCGUGGAUGGGCUAAAAAUACCAAUCCAAAAAGCCUUAAAAAUUGCCCGCCCUGAGUAUCGGACGGUUGACCUGGAAACACUUGUAUUAAUAGCAAAAAGCAUUGAGGUGGCCCCUCGAACUAAUCCUGUUAUGGUUAGCAGGGAAGGGCCCAGGGGAGCAGAAGACAGAUUUCAGGAUCCGGCCUGGAGGGCCCGUAUCACCUGCUAUGGAUGUGGACAACAGGGACAUUUCAAACGGGAAUGCCCACAUCGGCCAAGGGAGGGGCAGAGGAGACCUUCCCAAUUUCCUUGGGCACCGGCCCAAACUGCCCAGGCAGUUCAACAAAUGGGGGCAGCCCCAAAUCAACCAUAGGACGGGGGCAAGCCAGAUCCACAAGUCGGAGAGGCCAUUAAUACUAUGGCUUUGUGUCCUCCCCAGUGUGGCCCUACACCAACUGUGCAGCUGCAGGUGGGGGGGAACCCACACACCUUUCUUGUGGAUACUGGUGCAGCCAGAAGUGUGCUCCGACUUGAAGAGAUCUAUGACCCGUCCUUUCUGGACAAUAUUACUGUACAAUGUAUUGGCAUUGAUGGAGAGGCAAGAACAUCUCUGCUGACUAAACCAUUGCCUGUGUCCUCAGGUUUAGUCCUUUCUCCCACGGUCCUGUCACAAUUUGUAGUGUCUACUACCUGCCCCCUCAAUCUCUUGGGGGCAGACCUACUCCAAAAAAUGCAAGCAAACAUCCAGUUCCAUGAAGACGGAACAAUUACACUUUCUUCCCUCCUACAACCAGAAGAGACAGUUAUGCUUGCUGCCCUACAAAUAAUACAGGAUGAGAUAUCUGGAACAGCCAUCCCAUCAGAUAUGAUGAAGCUGAUACCUCCCCAUCUAUGGUCCUCAGGACCACAAGAUAUUGGAAGACUAAAGGUCCAGCCGGUAGUAGUCACGCUCAAGUCAGGUGCCAUCCUACCACGUAAACCCCAAUAUCCAUUGUCAGUGGCACAAAUAGAUGCGGUGACUAAGCAAAUCUUGGCAUUCCAAGAAAAGGGAGCAAUAAUUAAAACAACCUCUCCGUGUAACACGCCCCUUUUCCCAGUUAAAAAGAAGGGGAAAAAAGGACAGCCAGACACUUAUCGUAUGGUACAAGAUCUACGGGCUGUCAAUGAAGUUACAGUCCUGGAAACACCAGUGGUAUCAAACCCAUAUACCCUUUUGUCAUGUGUGCCUCCAGAAGCCACCCGUUUCACUGUAAUUGAUUUGGCAAAUGCCUUCUUCUCAGUGCCACUUCAUCCAGACAGUCAAUAUCUUUUUGCUUUCACACAUGCUGGAUGCCAAUAUACCUGGACGGUCAUGCCCCAAGGAGCACAGAACAGUCCUUCUCAGUUCAGUAAAGCCAUGUCUUCCAUACUGGAUGAAUGGAGAAUGGAGCAUGAUACAGUGACACUCCUGCAAUAUGUGGAUGAUUUGCUCUUGUGUGCUGACACUGCACAAACAUGCAGAGAAGCUUCUGUUGCACUACUACUCUUCUUGGCUCAACAAGGAUGCAAGGUCAGUCUUGCGAAAGUACAGUGGUGUCAGGACAAGGUGGUCUUCCUGGGCCAUUGUCUCAGCCCUGGGGCUAAACACCUGACUGAAGAUAGGAAAACAGCGGUUAUGAAGAUGACUGAGCCUACAACACCAAAACAACUUCAAGCCUUUCUAGGACUCAUCUCAUACUGUCGACCAUGGAUUCUGGAUGCUUCAAUCCUCAUGCAGCCCUUGUAUGAUUGUGUUCCUACUCAGCCUUUCUACCUCACCUCUGAGGCACAACAAUGCUUUGAACUAUUAAAACAAGCAGUCAUAUCCUCUCCAGCCUUGGGCCUCCCGAACUACAACUUACCAUUCAGACUCUAUGUCAUGGAACGUCAAGGAUAUGCCACAGGUGUGCUAACCCAACUACAUGGAGGCCGCAGUCGCCCUCUGGGCUACUACUCAGCCAGACUUGACCCAGUGGCCAGAGGAAGUCCAUCAUGUAUCCGAGCCAUUCAUGCAUGUCACUUGCUAUUGGACAAAACAGCUGAUGUUGUCCUGGGUCAUUCACUUCAAAUCCUGGCCCCUCAUGACAUAUCGGCCAUCCUUCAGCAGACUCAGCCAAAACACUUGUCUGCAGCCAGACAUCUCAGAAUGCAGUGUUCUCUCUUACUUCCAGAUACGGUCACUAUCGGCAGAUGCCAUGUCCUCAAUCCAGCUUCACUCCUUCCUUUCCCUCAAGGGGGGACUCAAGAAGGGAAGGAUGACAACAUUGAUGCCACAUACUCAGAUGAUGAGUUUUAUCACGGGGAAGCCCAUGACUGCCUACAAUUAAUUGAACAAGAAACUGAGCCCCUAUGGAACAUCAAAGAAACUCCUAUUCUGGACCCGGACUUGACACUGUUUGUGGAUGGAUCUAGAUACGCAGAUGCAACAGGAAAAUUCCACACAGGAUAUGCAGUUACCUCAAUAGAAACAGUAUUACAGCAACAACCCCUUCCACCGGAUAAAUCAGCACAGGAGGCUGAAUUAAUAGCUCUGACUGAGGCUUGCAAGAUGGCAGAAGGGAAAACUGCAAACAUCUAUACUGAUUCACGUUAUGCUUUUGGAGUAGCCCAUGAUUUUGGACCAAUAUGGAAAAGCAGGAAGUUUCUGACAGCAGGAGGCACACCUGUGAAGAAUGCGGAAGCUGUGCAGGCACUGAUGGAAGCUCUAAGCCUCCCCAUACAAGCUGCGAUUUUGAAGAUCAAAGCCCAUUCAAAAGCAGAAACUCCAGAGGCCCAGGGGAAUGCUCUAGCAGACAAGGCAGCUAAAGAAGCGGCAGUGAGGGAAAUGAAGGAUCUCAGCACCAUAAUGGCUUUCGCUCCGGGUAAAGUGGCCAGGAAAGACGGUGGAAUUCCAAAGGGAUUCUUCCUCACUAAGGAGAUCUUGGAAGACAGACAACGUGAGGCUACAGAUGAUGAGUAUGAGGUGUGGGCUCGGAAAGAUGCUGGCCCAGAUGAAGAUCGAAUAUGGAGACUGGGCCACCUCCUGUGCCUACCGAGAAGUUUAUAUCCAAAUGUAGUCUGUUGGGCCCAUGGACCCACACAUCUAGGGAAGACAGCCAUGAACAAUCUCAUAUCCUCCAUAUGGUUUGCACCCGCCAUCUCCACUUACACCUCUCGAUAUGUGAACAGCUGCAUGGUCUGUGCCAAGUGCAAUCCAGGGAAGCUGGAGAAGGUUCCCACAAAGUGCCUAGCAAAACCCUUGUACCCUUUCCAAAGGAUCCAAAUCGACCACAUCCAAAUGCCCCCUGCACAGGGGUUCCAUUAUGCUUUGGUGGUUGUAGACAUGUUCUCUGGAUGGCCAGAAGCCUACCCCGUGAAGAACCAGACAGCGAAAACUACUGUGAAGAAGUUGUUGAACGAGGUGGUUUGCCGGUUCGGGGUACCUGAAGUGAUCGAGAGUGAUCAAGGGACUGCUUUCACUGCGGACAUUGCAGAGGAAAUAUGGACAGCUCUGGGAACGCACUUGGCCUUUCAUACACCAUACCGACCACAAAGCAGCGGAAAAGUAGAGAGAAUGAACGGUACUCUGAAACUAAAGAUGCUGAAGAUGGCCCAAGAGACUGGCAAACCAUGGCCAGAAACCCUUCCAAUUGCCCUGGCCAGUGUUCGCCAUACUCCCAGGGGAAAAGAGAAACUAUCCCCCUUUGAGAUCCUAUUUGGUAGUGUCCCCUAA